CCUAUUUGCCAACAGUGGCAGCCUCGGCUUGGUUUUGAGCAACAUCAAAUAGCCAAAAUGUCUGCAACCCUAGAUUUGGAAAGAGGAUGCACAGUGGAUGAACUGUUACAUGGAUGCAUUGAAGCCUUUGAUGAUGAGGGCAAGGUUCGGGACCCCCAGCUGGUCCGCAUGUUUCUCAUGAUGCAUCCGUGGUACAUCCCGUCUUCCGAGCUGGCUGCGAAGCUGCUUCAGAUUUACCAAGAGUCUCACGGAUCAGAAAACAGCUCCUUGCCGGUUAAAACUUGCCAUCUAGUCAGGUACUGGAUCUCAGCCUUCCCUGCAGAAUUUGACCUCAAUCCAGAACUGGCGGAGCAGAUCAAGGAGCUGAAGGAACUUCUCGGGCGGGAAGGGAGCCGUCGACACAGCAACCUUAUUGAUAUCGAGAGCGUCCCGACUUAUAAAUGGAAGAGACAAGUCACACAACGGCACCCCGUGGCACAGAAGAAGCGCAAGAUGUCCCUGCUUUUUGACCACCUGGAAUCGGGGGAGCUGGCAGAACAUCUCACCCACCUUGAAUACCACUCCUUCAACAAAAUCCUGUUCCAGGACUACCACAGUUUUGUUAUGCAUGGAUGCACAGUGGACAACCCCAUCCUGGAGAGAUUCAUCACCCUCUUCAACAGUGUCUCCCAGUGGAUUCAGCUCAUGGUGCUUAGCAAACCCACCGCUCAGCAGCGGGCCCAAGUCAUCACCCGCUUCGUCAUGGUGGCCCAGAGACUUCUUCAUUUGCAAAAUUUCAACACCCUGAUGGCCGUGAUCGGCGGGCUCGGCCACAGCUCCAUCUCUCGCCUGAAGGAGACGCACAGCUUUGUGAGUCCAGAGACAACAAAGGUCUGGGAGUCGCUGCUGGAAUUGCUUUCAUCAGCAGGGAAUUACAGCCGCUACCGGCGGCGUUUUGUGGAGUGCGUGGGCUUCAAGUUCCCCAUCUUAGGGGUCCACCUCAAGGACCUGGUGGCCGUCCACGUGGCGCUUCCCGACUGGCUCGACCGGGCGCAUGCCCGUCUCAAUGGCAAUAAGAUGCAGCAGCUGUUCAGCAUCCUCAGCGACCUGGCUAUGGUGCAGAGCAUCCGCCCUCCCUUCGAGGCCAACCCUGAUCUUCUUAAUCUGCUCAUGGUCUCCCUGGAUCAAUAUCAAACAGAAGAGGAGAUCUAUCAACUCUCUUUGCAGCGUGAACCCCGAAAUAAGUCUACGCCUUCCAGCCCCACAUCCUCUACCCCACCACCCCAGCCUGUGAUGAUUGAAGAGUGGGCAUCGGUGCCCAAACCGAAGCCAGACCAAGCAAUUGUGCGCAAACACAUCGAGAAGAUGGUAGAGUCUGUUUUCCGGAACUUUGAUGUGGAUGGAGACGGGAAUAUUUCCCAAGAAGAAUUCCAGAUUAUCCGGAAUAAUUUCCCAUAUCUCUGCAAAUUUGGAGAUCUGGAUGCGAAUCAAGAUGGUUGCAUCAGUCGAGAAGAAAUGGUUUCCUACUUCAUGAAGUCCAGCAUGGAACUGAAUGGGAAAAUGGGCUUCAUCCACAGCUUCAACGAGACCACGUUCCUGCGCCCUAUGGCCUGUCGUCACUGCAAGGGCCUGAUCCUUGGCCUCUACAAGCAAGGGCUAAAAUGUCGAGCCUGCGGGGUCAACUGCCACAAGCAGUGCCGGGAUCUGCUCUCGGUCGAGUGCCGCAAACGCACCAAGAGUGCCAGUCUUGAUGGAUCAAUAUCUCUGCCGGCCCGGUCCUUUAGUUUCUCCCUGCCUCGGCCUGGUCGGACAUCCCUGCGACACACAGAAAUCCAGGAGGAAGCAGGACAGGCUGCGGAAGAUGGGAUUUUUGAUGAGAAGCUAUGAGACCGGAUCAGCUCAGCGGACUGCCCGGAAUCUAAGCAUGAGAAACACCUCGUCCUUCUCAGCGGCCACGGCUGGUCUGCCAGCGAGUCCUUGGUUGUACUCCGUCCCCCAAACAAAGUGGGGCGUCUGCUUUUGGGGAUGGACCUCUCCCUUUCGAAAGCACUUUGGCAAGGGGAAUCGGGAGAGGUUUCUGCCCCUGCCCCUUUUAGAAAUGUGUGUAUAUUUGUAUCAAGAACUGGAUUCAAAGAUGUAAUAAUAAUUAUAAUAAAUUUGACACCUGCUCCG